AUGGCGGAAACGUACGGUCUCGCCUACCGCCUCUACGUCUUUCUCUGGUUCCAGCUGACGGCCAUCCUCGAAACGAUAGGAAACUCCUUCAACGCCGUUGGCCUCUACCGUCGCCGCCGGGCGAAGUUGCCCGACAGUCUGGCCGGCCAGACCGUUCUCAUCACCGGCGCCAACUCCGGCAUCGGCAAGGAGACGGCCAAGGCGGCCGCAGCUCGCGGCGCCGUCGUCCUCCUCGCCUGCCGCGACCUGAAGAAGGCUGAGCAGGCGGUGGCGGAGAUUCUCGAAGAUGUAGGAAAAGAUAAGAAUCUUCACCUUUUCGAACUGGAUCUCAGCUCGCUCGCCUCGGUGCGCGCCUGUGCCGCCGCCAUCUCCGAGCGCUUCUCCGUCAUUGACGUGCUGAUCAAUAACGCCGGACUGAUGAUGUGCCCUCAA